AUGCCAGUCCCAACGUCUCAAUAUAUAAGCAAUGUGUGGAAAGAGGGGAUAUUCGAUGGCCGUGUUGUAUUCGUGACUGGCGGCGCCGGUACGAUCUGCAGCGCGCAGACGAGGGCUCUGGUCUACCUCGGGGCGAACGCCUGCAUUAUUGGUCGUAAUCAGCAAAAGACGGAAGCCGUCGCGAAUGACAUCGCCACGGCACGGAAGGGCGCGAAGGUAAUCGGAAUUGGGGGCUGUGACGUAAGGAAUCCCGAAAACCUGGUUAAAGCUGCCGAAAGGUGUGUGAAGGAACUUGGUGCCAUCGACUUCGUCAUAGCUGGUGCUGCGGGGAACUUCGUAAGCCCGAUCUCUGGCCUUUCGUCCAAUGGAUUCAAGACCGUCAUGGAAAUCGACGUUCUUGGAACGUACAAUACCGUCAAGGCCACCAUACCAUAUCUCAUCGAAUCCGCCGCUAGGAACAAGUCGAAUGAGAAUGGUUUGACAGGUGGAAGAAUCAUCUAUGUUUCAGCCACAUUCCAUUACACAGGUAUGCCCAUGCAAGCUCACGUGAUGGCCGCGAAGGCUUCCGUCGACUCUAUCAUGGCUUCCGUGGCCCUAGAAUACGGUCCGUAUGGUGUAACCUCGAACGUUGUCGCACCCGGCGGUAUCGAAGGAACAGAAGGAAUGGCAAGGCUCGCGGGCAAGAGUGACGAAGCGAAAAAUUCCGCAGCCGGUAUCCCGCUAGGCCGAUGGGGUACGAUCCGAGAUAUUGCGGAUGCGACUGUCUAUCUUUUCAGCGAUGCGGGUAGCUAUGUUACCGGAGAGGUACUCGUUGUAGACGGCGGCGACUGGAGGAACGGAGGUAUGGGCGUCGGUCUCGAUUCCGACAUGAAGUACCCGGAGUACCUACUUACGGGAGAGUUUUCCAAGCACGUCAAGAGCGGUAGAAAGGACAAGUCUAAGCUCUAA